UCGUUGUCUCAGAGCUGGUGCCGACAGUUCCAGUUGUUAUUUCUCGUUGCUGGGUAACCUUUUUUUUUUUUUUUUUAAAUUCAACUACGGCGGCCGGGAAGCGCAGAGGCACGGCCUCGCCCGGCGGCCGCGGGCGGUCUUCGCGACCGAACGUCUUGGGAGGGGUGGGUGGAGUCAAGCCUCCCCGCCUCGCGCAGGCCCCGCCCACGACCCGGGUCCCGCCUGGAGUCCGCGCCCGGAGUCCCGCUCCCGGGUGUCGGAUCUUCGCCAGUAUGAUGUUGGUUUUCGCUUCGCCUCAUACAUCAAUAAUUACAUGGUGCUGCAGAAGGAGCCUGCCGGGGCAGUGAUUUGGGGCUAUGGCAUAUCGGGGGCCACCGUGACAGUGACUCUGUACCAACAGCAGGAAGCCAUCAUGAAGAAAGUGACAAGUGUGAAAGCACGCUCUCACAGCUGGAUGGUGGUACUGGAUCCUAUGAAGCCUGGUGGACCUUACAACGUGAUGGCACAGCAGACUUUCAGGAGAAAGAACAUCACCCUGAGAGUUCAUGAUGUCUUAUUUGGAGAUGUCUGGCUUUGCAGUGGGCAAAGUAACAUGCAGAUGACGGUUUCCCAGGUAUUCAAUGCCACAAAAGAGCUGGCUAACACCGCGGCCUAUCAGUCUGUCCGCAUCUUCUCCGUGUCACUCAUUCAGGCAGAGCAGGAGCUGGAGGACCUUGCUCAGGUUGACUUGCAGUGGGCUAAGCCCACCUCAGAGAACUUAGGCCAUGGAAUUUUCACGUACAUGUCAGCAGUGUGCUGGCUCUUUGGGCGUUACCUGUAUGACACUCUGCAGUACCCCAUCGGGCUGAUCUCCUCCUCGUGGGCUGGGACACCCAUUGAAGCCUGGUCAUCUGGAAGGUCGCUGAGAGCCUGUGGUGUUAUGACGCGAGGGUUGAUUCAGUCUGAUUUUGUGACUGGUCCCAGUAAGUACUCUGUUCUCUGGAAUGCCAUGAUCCAUCCACUGCAUAACAUGACUCUGAAAGGGGUGAUCUGGUACCAGGGGGAGUCCAACGUGAAUUUUAACAGGGACCUGUAUAAUUGCACGUUCCCUGCGCUCAUUGAAGACUGGCGCCAGACCUUCCACCGUGGCUCCCAGGGGCAGACAGAGCGUUUCUUCCCGUUUGGAUUUGUCCAGUUGUCUUCAUAUCUGUCUGCAACCUCAGAUGACACAUUUCCCCAGAUCCGUUGGCAUCAAACAGCAGACUUUGGCUAUGUCCCCAACGCAAGGAUGCCCAGCACUUUCAUGGCGGUAGCAAUGGAUCUCUGUGAUAGGAAGUCACCUUUUGGCAGCAUCCACCCUCGAGACAAACAGACGGUGGCCUACAGGCUGCACUUGGGGGCCCGGGCUGUGGCUUAUGGUGAGAAGUUGAUCUUUCAGGGACCACUGCCUGAGAACAUGGAACUCUUGGCUGACAAGGGGCUGCUCAACCUCACAUAUUCGCUGGAAAUCCAGGUGCAGAGGCAGCACAAUAUAUUUGAGAUCUCAUGUUGCAGUGACCAUCAGUGCAAGUGGCUGCCAGCUCCCCUGGACACGGUCUCGGCCCAGAGCCUGGCCCUGAACGUCCGUUCUUGCCGUGGCACCCCGGCCGCCCUGCGCUACGCCUGGGCCACGUGGCCUUGUGAAUAUAAGCAGUGCCCCCUGUACCACCCUGGCAGCGCCCUCCCGGCUCCUCCCUUCGUGGCUUUCCUGACAGACCUGAGGCCGGGGGCUCACCGCAGGCUUGCUGAAUGACGUAGUGGCCUUACGGUCCUUCUCCUGGACCAGGUGGGUCAGUGUGGGUCCUUUAGAUGUGGGCAUUUCAGUGUUGAAGUGAUGACGACAACUAUUGCUUUUAAAGGCGACUGGUAGAAAAGCCGCCCUGGCCGGCUCCCAGCCAACACAUGGCUGUUUCUAAAUUCUGAACAGGAGAUGAGCCAGUGCUGAGAGGCGAACGAGAUGCUUGCCUUUUGUCCCCUCGUCAGCCUAGUGUCUUACUGGACUAAUUCCUGCCACAAACAAAUGAAGCCUCAGUGUCAUUCACUUCCCUUGUGGAGAGUGUGAAGUGUCACACUUUUGUCACCUUACGUCCAGCGUUUGGAAACUCAUGGCUGGAAGAGAUUUCAAGGCCCAUAUUUGUGUGUUCUUUACAGAAUCUGGCGGGUGGUUAACUGAAUCUCUGCAUAAAGUUUCUAAACUUCCCAACAGUUUUUCCUUAUGUGGAACUUAACUCUUUCUCGCCCUCUUUGUGUUCUCUCGCAAGCCCAAGACGGUUCUGUCCCUUCGGUCGAAAUAAUAAUGUCAGUGUUCGAAACCAACCAGCCCCGUUUGCGGGCAUGUGGGGAGGCGCGAAGGGGCUGCCUGAGGGAGGAGGAGAUGGGGGCGUCUGGAGCGGCCCAGGAAGGUGCGAGGGCAGCCAGGGACGGGUGGGGGAGUCAGGCUCCGGACAACAUGGCAACAGAGGUCACUGAGAAGCAAACAGGUUCAAUAUAAAUCUCAGGCUUUUUAAGGUAAGAGGUUUACUUAUAAAAAGGAUAACCCAGCUGGAAGAAAAAAGAGGCUGAAAAAAAGCUCCACGAUAAGCAUUUAGAAAAAGAAUCCAGAUGGGACAAUUGUGAAAGUGCGCUCUGGGUGGACUGUUAAGAAUCACAAUGCUGUUUAUUGGUUGAUUAAAAACAGCUAACAGCACUUGAUAAUUGUGUCAGCUAUUGGAAUUUGGAAAUAAAAGUAUAAUCAUUAGUGGCAUGUAUACAUUUAGAGCCCAUCAAAACUGCAUUAGGAACAGGUUUGUAAAUUGUCCUUUGAAGCAUGAGUAGCUUCCACUCCCUUAAUGGGAAAAAGAACUAAAACAAGAAGCACCUGACCCCAGUGGGCCCCGGUAUAGCUCUGAGCAUCCGGAACGGUCAGUGCCAGGAUUUACUUCGUAGAAAACCAACACAGCUAUGCAGUCUGCAAGGAGCUUUGGCUCCUCUGAGGACUUCCUAGUGUACAAUUAACUCCCAACACCCAUACUUUGACCUCAUAUGCACCUGACCUAAGGGGAACCACGAACCUAGGAACAGACUCCUGAGAAAAAGUAAAUCUACCCUCCCCUCUGCCAACAUACGUGCACACAGGGGCUGUUCUAAUUUGCAGGCGGCUGGACAUGGGCAGGAACCCUAUGCCCAGGCUCCUUCCUCCCCCAGUAACCAAGUGCAGCAUGGGGGGAGAAAUAGCUUCAGGUAGUAGAUAAAUUAAUGAGAAAUCCUGUGAAACUUCAUUUUUAAUGGCUGAAUAAUUUAAAACAUUCUGCAGGAAUUCAGUUUAUUUUCCAAAUGAAAAUAACUUUUUAGUAUUUGAAAAAUGACAUUUGUAAUUAUUGUAGAUUUGGACACUUAACAAAAAGAAUAAACAAGUAAGAAUCACCCCAGAAUUCAUCAUUUGGCAAAACACAUUUACUAUUUUGGUAAACAUGUGCUUGAUUUGCUUGGGCUGUAUUUUACACACUACACGUCAUAUUAUUUUAAAUCUGUUUUUGACUUACUCUAGUAAAAUAAUUUUCCUGUGUAAAUUGAAUAUGGCGUAAGUGUUUUAGUUUGUGGGACCCCUCUACUUUAUUUAACCAAUUUUCCAUUAGUGGACAUAGAGGUUUGUUCUGAUUUUUCCGUUAUAACGAAUACUGUGAUGAAUGUUACAUGCAGACAUCAUAGCGCACUUACCUCCUUAGGAUCCUUAAUGUGGAAUAACAGUUUUAAGGAAAGUAUGUUUAAAAUUUUGAUACCUACAGAUUAACUCUCCUGAAGGGCCCAACGGUCUACAGUCCCACCAAGGUAAAGUGCCCACCAAGAUACAGCAUUUAGCCUCACUCCCACCGACACUGGAUAUUGUCAAAUUUAAAUCUUUAACAAUCCAAUAGAUGAAAAGAUGUCUUAAGUAUACUGGCAGGGGGUGGUUCAAGUUUUUUAAAAAUGAUCUGCAGUAAAAACAUUUUAUAUUUAUUCCACAUACCCCUUUCAUGUGUAUGCAUGUAAUUUUUACAUAAAUACAUAUAUACACACUAUAGUUGAAACCCAAAUUUCAGUUGUAAUUGUUUAAUUUAAAAAAUAGAGGUCUUGUCUCCCUAAGUUUAGGAACAACCCAUGGGUAGAGAUCUGUAGUUUGAAAACCAGUCCUCCAGGAAGGCUACAAAGUAAAUACUCUUAUUAAAGCAAACUGCACGAUAACUUAUUUAAAAAACGUCUUUCUUAAAAUGAAGCUCAUUUUGGUGUGUUCCACUCGGACCGUGCUACAAGGGGAAGACACUGGCUCUGUGUGAAAGCGGCUGGCACGUCUGUGCAAGUGCGCGUGUCCAGCCAACUUAGGCGGCGAGAAAAGGAAAACAUGAGAGAGCAUUAACAGCUCUGAGUCAUCCCCUUUAAGCCCCUGGCUUGCUGUUAUCCCGAUUUUAUUUUUUUGUACUGUAAAAGCUACAGAGACUUAUGAAAAGACUACAGUUAAGAGUCAUAAAGUUAACAGCGGUGACUUUAGUUUCGGAUACUUCCGUGGCCACUGCGCUGUGCUCGCAGCGUGGCUGUCCGACCCUCCCUCCGCCAGCGCAUCUACUCCCGGGAAACAAGAUCCCCCGUCUUGCUGUCCCCAGUCAGCAGCUAGGAACUGCAGCACAGCGACGCCUGUCACCCCUCCUUCCCUGGUUUUCCCCUUCUGGGGUCCUUCCGUGGCUUCCUUCCGGCCGGCCCGGGUACCUGGCUGGGCGGCCAGCGAGGGCAGCCCACACGGCUCUAC